AUGGAAAAUGGUACAUAUGAGCAGUACCAAAGGGAACAGAAGAGGAGGCAAAGAAUUAAAAGGGUAAGAGUUAGCUUGCUUCAAUGAUGUUUCUACACAAAAAGUUAACUGUGGACCAUUUCAUUCACCUCUUAAACUCUUUCUUUUCCUCUAUUUCUCUACCCUAUGUGAUUGUGGAGAUUACCAGUAUUGAUGUUUUUCUGCUUGAGCUUAGUUUAAUAUUGAAAAUUGAAUGUCAUGUUAGUUGUGCAAUGAGCCAAGCAGUUUUGAAAAUGUCUUUAAGUAUUAUGAGUUAGAGAGAAACAUCUAUUUCAAAUGAUGUUAUCUCUCCUAACCACAACUAUUGUUUAUUUAAUGAAAGUCUGCUAAGUCUAAAACUUUUCAUGUUUUACCCUAGAAACUGGAGAAGAGACUGAGAGUGGUUACUGAGGAAGAAAAGGAGUCAGAAAUGUUCGAGGCAUUGCAUUUGUCAAUGAUAUCCUCAGAUGAAUCUGAUGGCGAGGAUGACACCCUGUCCACAAAGCAUCUUGUCUGGAGGGCAGAGGAGGUUUCUUCUUUCUUCAAAGAACUGGACUCACGGCAUAGGGCAAAUAUGUCCACCCAACAAAGGAGGCAGUCUGUAAACAGGCAGGUUGGCCUUCCAAGUACCAGAAGCCACAAUGAAGUGCCAGAGAAAUUAAUCUGGGCCAUUAAAUUGUAA